AUGAGCGCCUUCGGCGCAUCCGAGUCCAGUCAACCUCAGAGCACUCACGGUCGCGAAGUUGCAGAGCAGUUUAUCAUGCCGACCAUUAAUGUUCCUAGCCGACGGCCCUUCACCGAUGUUGGAAAGUCGCUAGGAAGACUGAAACUUCUCGUGGCGGGCAAAUCAGGCCUCGGGAAAUCUUGCUUGAUCAAAGCGAUAACACACUCUUGCGAGCACAUCGUACACGUCGAUCCUCCAGUGCCCGUUGCGAUUGCGUCCACAGGACUCUUGCCGACAAAUGCACUUUCCAGCUAUCCUCCGAUGGCCCAGGGAACUUUCCAAAUUACGGAGACAUUUGCCAGCACCAAGCCAUAUCCAUCGUGGUGGAUGGAGCCGACUCCGGCAAACUCGGUGUCCAAUGCCGGGAGUGCUGGAGACGCAGUUUUGGAUAGGAAUAUCUGCCUCGUCGACACACCCGGUUAUCAGGAAACAUGCCGGACGGUCAGUCAAGUUUCGCACUACAUUGAGUCUCAUCUGCAGAAGAAUCGCCUCGACGGCCUCAACGACGCCGAUGUUCUCAAGACAAUCGAUGGUGGCGGCGGCCUCUUUGUUGACGCUGUACUUUACAUGAUAUGCAGUUCAGCUCAACUGACUUACAGUAUCUUCGUCAGCUACAGCCGCUCACAAAUGUGA